AUGGCGGAUGUUGUUCCCUACCCGAGUAAGUCGGGAAAUAUGCCGUUACUUAGUCAAGUGGGCGGAAAAGGAAUGUCUCUGUGGCGCAUGUCGAACAUGAAGGGAGUACAGGUCCCGAGUGGUUUUAUUUUGACGUCGUCCUUCUUUUCAGGUUGGUUCGACAGCCUGAAGACGCAGCGAUGCUGGCAACAGAUGUUGGACGCCUGCCAGUCAUACGACCCCGACAACCAGGCCUCCGUGAGGACCCUGCGCGACGCGUGCACCGCCUCGAAGGCCGCCUCGAAGAGCGGGACGUUCGACGAGGCCCAGAAGGCAAAGGUGGCGGCGGCGCUAGGCGAGAUGGGUCUGGACGAGGGCAGCUUCGUCGCGGUCCGCAGCAGCAGCCCGGAAGAGGACCUGGCGGGCAUGAGCUUUGCGGGGGGCUACGAGACGGUCCUGGGUGUCCGGGCCGAGGUGGAGGCCAUCGCGGAGGCUGUUGGGCAUGUCUUCGCCUCCUGCCUGGACGAGCGCGUCUUUGUGUACAAGAUCCAGCACUGCAUUUCCGAUCUCACUCCCAAGAUCGCUGUCGUUGUGCAGAGGCAGGUCGCGUCGUUGGUGGCCGGAGUGGCCUUUAGCCUGGACCCCAUCAGCAAUUGCUACGAUUGGGGAGCGAUCACAACGAAUUGGGGACUUGGUGAGACUGUGGUAGCUGGGCAGUGCUCGCCGGAUUAUUAUUGGUCGGCGGAUUUGGUCAAUAAGGUCACUGGAGCAACGAUAAAGAAGGAGCUCGGCACGAAGGAGCGUUCUGUCUGGCUUGGCAGGGACGGUGGCGUGUACGAGCAGGCAGGCCCUGCUGACGAGUUCACGCUGUCGGAGAAAGAGGUUGCCACCGUCGUCGCGGGCCUAAGCCAGCUCGAGAGCUUCUAUGGCCACCCCGUUGACACCGAGUUCGCUCUCGACGGCAAAAGGCAGUUGCUCUGGCUGCAGGCGCGGCCGAUCACCACUCACAUCGAGCUCCCCCCGCAGAUCACGUCGCCCCCGGGCGGACCAGAGGUGCUCUGGGUGGACGUCAUGCAGGUCGUCCAGGGGUUCACUUCGCUUGCCUCGGUCACGGGGAUGAGCUUCUUGCAGCAUUUCUUCGGCGCCAUACUGAAGACAGCGUUUGGUCUGUCGCCGGCGCGAGCGACCAUGUACAACCGGCCCUUCAUCGUCGUCCCCGAAUCGGGGACCUGCUACCUGAACGCCUCCUUCAUCCUGCGCCUAAUUGGAUUCGAGAGGAAGGACCGCUGGGCCGACAAGAUGGAGCUCAUGGAUUUCUCCACUGCGAAGGUGCUGCGCGAGCUGGACGACAGGUCCUUGGCGAAGUCCGCCUCGCUGGUGCCGCUCCCGCUGCUGAUGGCCUGGAACUGCCCAGGGACGCUUGCCAACAUCAGGAAGAACCUGUCGCGUCCUGAAGAUGCCAUGCGGCGCGCGGACGACAUGCACGCGGCCAUGUGGACGCUGUCCCAUGAGCUCCAUCAGCUCAGGGGCUACAAGUGCUCGACGAGGGGUGCCUUCCAGACCAGGCAGGAGCCGAGUGGCACCAGGGAGCUCCUGGGCGCUCUCGAGCCCAUGCACGCGAGCGACCUGCUGGCCGCGCACCUCAGGAGGGCCCCGGGCGACGGUGCCCACACGCUCGACGUGCUCGACGCGGUGCUGCCCGCCGUGGCCGAGCGCGUGCUGAAGGGCGGCAUCCCCGCCGUGGUCGCCGGCGGCCUGGCGAUGGGUCGCGUCGCCAGCGCGUUCGAGAAGGUGGAGGUGGACGGCUCGGACGGCAUCGUUCGCGUCCUGGAGGAGCCGCAGGGCUGA